AUUGAAUGCAAACAAACUCUUCUCCUCUCUCAGUUUGUAUAUCUUUGUCUAAUCACCGUUUUUUUAAAGCAAGUAGUCUGAAAUGGCUGAAAGACUCACAUAUAAUCAGAUCAACGAGUUUCGUCAAGCAUUUUCCAUGAUCGAUAAGGAUUCCGAUGGGUUGAUAAGUACGGAUGAUUUGAUUGCUGUGAUUCAGACGUUGAAUGAAAAUGCUACUAACGAAGAUGUCCAAGAAAUGAUGAACGAAGUUGAUCAUGGAAAUGAACAAGGCACUAUUGAUUUUGAUGAGUUUCUCAGUAUCAUGUCCAAAAGAAUGAAAGAUAGCGUGAGCGACGAGCUAAAAGAAGCUUUUAAAGUAUUUGAUCGAGAUCAAGAUGGCUAUAUUUCACCAGAUGAGUUAAGAAACGUGAUGAUAAAUUUGGGGGAGCGAUUAAAAGAUGAAGAGUUGGAACAGAUGAUACGAGAAGCUGAUCUUGAUGGUGAUGGUGUUAUUAGCUACGAGGAAUUCGUUAGGGUUAUGAUGAAUUCUUCAUGAAGAAGAUAAACAACAACAAUUUUACUUUGUGCUUUGUGCUUUUCAUAAUAAGACUAAAUUAACUUAAUCUCGUAAACCAUGCAUUCAAACGAGAUAAUUUUUUAUUUUCUUUCUUAUUUUAUAUUCUCACUUUCCGAUAUUAAGUUACCUUUUUUCGUUUUUUUUUUUAUUUUAAUUUGUACUUUCACAUGUUGUAAAAAGAAAAACAAGGGAACGAAGAAGGUUUUUGUGGGAUCCUAAUCUUUUCUCGUUAUUUUCGUACGGAUUGAAUAUGACAUGGAAAAAACGGA